GAGAUCCAGCCCUCGGUUUCCUGCAAACCAAAAGGAUCCGCUAGGUUGGGAAAUGCCGCCUGGUGCGAUUCCAGAGAGGGCCAUCUCUUUAAGGAUAACGGACUUGGAGGGCCUCUUCACCCUCUCACCCUGCUCCGGACUCUUUCUUCCCAUCCUUUGCUCCUAGGAUUUUACAUGUUGCCUGCAAAGGGAGUCAAACUUAGGGGGCAGGCAAACAAACGAGUUCUUUCCAGCCUCUGUAACCGGAUCGCUAGAGCGAAAUAAACUCGCACAAGUGUCCAGAGAUCGUAGCCAGACCGCCAGCCUGCGCUUGACGCAACUUUUAAGUGAGGCUGCAAGAGCCGCCGGGAUGUAGAUUUUAGUUCGUGGCCAAGCACAACUACGACACCCUGUCCCUGCCCCCACCCCAUCCCCAAGAAUGCAUGGAGGAAGGAGAGAGGACGAGGUGAGGGCCGCCUGCAUUUCUGCACGUCGGCGCCGGUUAGAAAGCCCUGCAGUUUUGAGAGAGAAGAAGAGGAGAUGGAGGGGCCAGGAGCCACGACUCCCGGGAGAGCGCAGGGAGGGGCGUGGGUGCCCCUUCGCCCACCUCCGCCCCCGUCACCUCGACAGCUGUCCGGCUCUUGGAAUUCAUUGGCUUCCUCUACCCGGCCUCCCAAAUACCACCCCAAUCUAGUUUAGCCCCCCGCCCCACCCUCGCUGACCUAAUAAGGCCAUGCAGUGUGCGGGGGAGCUACAUAAAAGCGCGGGCUCGCGGAGACUCUGCACCACGCAGGGGAAGAGAAAGCAGGAGCCGUCCAGCACGGAGGAAGGCGACCAUGGCCAAGGAGUGGGGCUACGCCAGUCACAACGGUCCUGACCACUGGCAUGAACUUUUCCCAAAUGCCAAAGGGGAAAACCAGUCGCCCGUUGAGCUGCAUACUAAAGACAUCAGGCAUGACCCUUCUCUGCAGCCAUGGUCUGUGUCUUAUGAUGGCGGCUCUGCCAAGACCAUCCUGAAUAAUGGGAAGACCUGCCGAGUUGUAUUUGAUGAUACUUAUGAUAGGUCAAUGCUGAGAGGGGGUCCUCUCCCUGGACCCUACCGACUUCGCCAGUUUCAUCUUCACUGGGGCUCUUCGGAUGAUCACGGCUCUGAGCACACCGUGGAUGGAGUCAAGUACGCAGCGGAGCUUCAUUUGGUUCACUGGAACCCGAAGUAUAACACUUUUAAAGAAGCCCUGAAGCAGCGCGAUGGGAUCGCUGUGAUUGGCAUUUUUCUGAAGAUAGGACGUGAGAAUGGUGAGUUCCAGAUUUUCCUUGAUGCAUUGGACAAGAUUAAGACAAAGGGCAAGGAAGCGCCCUUCACAAAGUUUGACCCAUCCUGCCUGUUCCCGGCAUGCCGGGACUACUGGACCUACCAGGGCUCAUUCACCACGCCGCCUUGCGAGGAAUGCAUUGUGUGGCUGCUGCUGAAGGAGCCCAUGACUGUGAGCUCUGACCAGAUGGCCAAGCUACGGAGCCUGCUCUCCAGUGCUGAGAACGAGCCCCCAGUGCCUCUUGUGAGCAACUGGCGACCUCCACAGCCUAUCAAUAACAGGGUGGUGAGAGCUUCCUUCAAAUGAGGCUGCUGGAUCUUGCCCUCUUCAGGAAAGGAAACUGCCAUUGGAGAGCUUGGUUCCUUGCCUCCUUCUGGUGCUCCUUACUCCAAGUCUAUUUCAUUUUUCCACACUGAGCAAUGAAUGUGAGAGAUGUGGUCACCAAGAUCUAAGUUACUUGUUGAAAGAAAGUUACUUUCGACAAGAUCUAAUAUGAAAGCAUAGAUUUCACAUUUGACCUCUGUAAUAAUCAUCUUUCCUAUAAAAGUAGCAUUUUUAGUAAAGUUUCAAAGAAGAGGAAACAGAGAUGGAAGAGUAAAGAUAUUUUUAAAAUGGCUAGCUAUUGGGCACCAGUUUUUCUGUUAUCUAAAAUUUCACAGAACUUCAUUGUUUUUAUUUUUAUAUUAUGAGUUGUCCAUCUUAAAGAAAUAUGAGUAAUUCUACGUGUAGUAGAGGUGUAUGAAGAUCAUAUAACAAUUAAACAUAAGCCAGAAAUUAAAAUGACUAUGGACAGCAAGAAUUGAGCUAAUAAUAUGUUUUAACUCUUAACACCAGCAAGAAGUCAGUCAUUUAUUGAAGUUUUAGCUACUAAGAUUACUUGGUUUUGAUUACCAGUGAAAAGAAAACACAAUACAAUCAGGAGUUUUCAAAUUUUUGAUUCAGUAUUUGAAUUUCUUCUUCAUAAAUGUAGUUGAAUUUAUCCUAGUAUUUUUCUUUACCUGAAGGAGGGCCAUUUAUUUUUAAUUUCACUACAUUUUUCUUUGCAUGAUUAUUAAAAUAAAAACUGCCUCUGUUGUGUUUCUCACUGGAGGCUGGAAUGAAUGAUCACUAGAACACAAAAGAGUGAAUGAUGACACUUGAAGUCAAAGCAGUUGUACUGAUCACCAGAACCAAUAAAGACAUGAAUGGAAAA